UUAAUUAACUAAAUUUAACAUUUAUUAUCACUUACUUUAUUUAGAUUUGCAUAACAAAAUAUUUUGCUUUGGUUGGAUAAAAAUGUGUGUUAGCUGGUAGAUAAAUCGAUUAUCCAAUUUUUUUAGUUAGUUUUUAUCUGUCAAACUCAAAACCACACGUUUUCUUGGCGUUGUUUGUCCCGGCAUUGCAUUUUAAUUCAAGUUUAUAUUUGAUUUUGUUCCUUGUGAUGUAAAAUGUAGUGAAAUACUUAGCCGCUGUCCGCUUUUAAGUAUUCACCUAAUUUUACACUGCACAACAUCGGAACCAUGUAGCAGCAGUACUAACGUUAUGAUUUCUACAAUAGCAGCGCCAAUGCCACCCACAUGACAUGAAGCAGCAAUAGUAGGACCAUUAUCAGGUCACCAUGGCUUUACCCGCGCCGCUCGUCGAUUUCGACGCCGUCUAUCAGCCGACCAUCAUACAAGCAACCCCAAAACUCACUACUAUCGAUUUAAUUGGUGGCAUCAAGUGCCACCUUUGCCAUUUCACAAUUGGAACCAAGAAGGAAUUUGAUAGCCAUUAUAUAAGUCAUAAUACUGGGAGCCCUAAUAUAGUGUACACAUGUGUUGUAUGUGAUAAAGAGAUCACUGGCUACCCUUCAUUCAGGAAUCACUGCUAUUCAAAGCAUGUCGUCAAAGACAGAUUCAAAUGCAAAGAUUGCUCAAGAACAUUUUCAAAACACAGCAUCCUUCAGCAACACAUUGCCACUGUACAUACAUUUGUGUGUGCAACCUGCAAGAAACAAUUCCCAUCAAAGAAAGAGCUGCAAAUGCAUCAGAUAACCCACAAGAGUGAGAGCCCGCCUUACGAUUGCCAAACUUGCAAGCAACCGAUCCAGACCGUAGAUGAUUGCGAGGAUCACAUCGACCAACACUGCUCCAUGACAUACUCAUGUCCCAUUUGUAACGAAGCCAUCCCUGACAAAAACGAAGCCACAGACCACUUGACCAAGCAUUUUGGCGAAGUUCCCAUGGAUACAAUCCCAGAAUCGAACAUAGAAAUUACAGAAGAAAGCUCCAUAGAUUUACUCGGUGGGAUCCUUUGCUGUUUUUGUUCGGUGAUACAUAAAACACGGGCAGAGUUCGACAUGCACUUUGCUGAACAUCAUCCUGACAAAGACAUCGUGUACUCCUGCAACAUAUGUGGCAAACAGUAUGACAAAUAUCAUUCCUUUGGAGACCACUGCUAUUACCAUUAUUCCAAGGACAGAUUUGAAUGCGACGAGUGCGACAAGUCGUUCAGCCGGCUGUCGUCGCUGGUGCUGCACACGGCGGCCGCGCACGCGGGCGCGGAGUUGCGCUGCGCUCAGUGCGGGCGCGCGUACGCGAGCGAGGCGCGGCUGCGCGCGCAUCUGCGGGACAAGCAUGGCCAGCUGCGCGUGCGCUGCGCGGAGCGCGGCUGCGGCAUCAUAUUUGAUACACCUAAAGACCUGAUAUACCACCAAGCAGUCCACAAAUCAGGCAACAGGUGCCAACACUGCGGCCUACAGUUUGCAUCCAUGUCGGCCUGUGAGCGCCACAUCCCCGUGCACAGAAAGAAGCAGUACUCGUGCCCCGUUUGCACCAGAAGCUAUGCAGAGAAAUACUUAACCAUGAAACACAUUCAAACACAUUUCUCAUCCGUUCUACAUCUGUGCAAAGUUUGCGGUAAGAUAUUCAACGCGAAGAACCGUCUCAUGGAACACAUUAAAGUACACUCCGAAGUCCGUAACUUCAAAUGCACAUACUGUGGCAAGGGUUUUGUCAAACCGCAACACUUGAGCCAACACUUGAACAUUCAUACUGGAAUGAAGCCGUACCAAUGUACCAUGUGCCCGAAAACGUUUGCGAGUUAUCCAAAUUAUCAUAAACACAUGCGCAGGAUUCACAAUGUCAGUAAGGUAUCCAAAAACGACAAAGACAAGAAUGAAGUCCAAGUAAUGAAAACAAACAACAAUAAUAAUUUGGUGAAGGAAGAUUUUGUUGAUUCAACAAGUUCCGAAAUGGAUAUGUAUUCCUUUAUAGAAGAGUCCGAUGAAAGUUUGGUGGAGUCCGAUGGGAUAGACCCGGUGGCUAUGAACCAGGAGUCCAUGAUAUUCGAGGCCACUAACAGCUUGGAGGCGAAUAUAGAAAGUUUGGAAGCAAGCAUUGAAAACCAACAUUUAGAACAAGCAAUUGAAACAGAUAUCGAUGCGUUGUCUCAGUUCGUGGAACUCCUGCCUGUGGACAACCAUGACGCCUUUGUAGCUGCGGUGCCGGCGCCCUUCCUGCCGCCGCCGCAGGAGUACGGGCCGGACUUCGGCAAGGGCCCCGCCGGGUUCAUCGACCUGGACGAGCCGGCGCUGCCGCACAUCGACCCGCUGCUCACCAUCAAGCCGUACGUACAGGACUACAACAAAUUUGAAUACGAAAACUACGAACAAGCCGAUACGAACGGUUACGCUAAAUGGGAACCGUUUAUUUCCAAGGUGUUCUCGGGGGCCUACGGAUACGACUCCGAUGGUAGGGUGUCCGUUAUGAACACAGAUAUAUAUUGAAUAAUUUGUAUAGUCGCUGGAUAGAUAUAGUAUCUGGUAAUAAUGCAAUAGUAAUAAAAUGCGUGGUGAUAAUGAUUUUCAAUGGUAGUUUUGACUUUGCAGGUACAAAAGUGGUGAUCCUUUUUUAUGUUGAGUUUUAAUCGGUUAAGCGAUGACCAAGUGGCUAUGUCAUUGUAUCCACCACAGCUUUCUUUUGAAAUACGUGCAUAACUAUACAGAUAGGGAAUCUGCUUGGAGUCGGGUUUUUUAUUGAGUUUUAUGUAUAAUUAUUAUGUAUUUGUUCUAUAUGAUUGUUUUUGUUAUUGAAUAAUGAUCCGUAGUCGUCGGAUAUGAUAUAUGAGGCUCAUGACACUCGAUUUAAGUGGAAGGAGUAUUCUCCUGACAAACCAACAUAGCUCAACAAAUAGUAUACAGUAACUUCAUAAGAUUCAAUAAAUAAAAUAGUAAGUUUCUUUUAUAAUUUGCUAAAUAUUUCUACUCGCAUCUGGCUGAAAUUGUAGUGAAUCGUGACUUAUGGCCAAAACCGAACCUUUCCGGCCUAGUAAUAAUAUUUAUAACAAAAAGAAAACCUUUCACUAUUGAUGUAAAACGAGUCUGAAAGGGUUCUUCGACAAUUGCUUCGAAUAGAGGAGACGUUCGUAGACGAAGCAAUUGUCGGAGAACCGUUACAGACUCAAUAAAUAUUUUAUUAUUGAAUUAUUGGCCGAAACCGAAAUUGGAUUAUAAUCCCGAAACCGAAGGCUAAUAUUCGUUUGGACACAAUUUUUGACUGACUUGUCAUUUAAACUUCAACGUAUUUCCUGACAUUUUCGGGAACCAAUUGCCAAAAGUAUCAGAAAACUUUUAUCAUGAAGAAGAGAACAAUGCCCGUUAGUUUUACAGAAAAUCUCUCCAGCGAUUAUAGAUCAAAAGAUUAGUAUAUUUUGACAGACGAACCAUCUUAGACGUUAAUAGUUUUAAUAGUAUUUUUAUAUCUAUAGUGGCGAAAUGGCUUCGACGAAUGCGAUUUUUAAAUUUUUAGACGUGAAACCAUCUUGUCGCAUUGCUCAAUGCCAUUUGCCACAUCCAUAAGACUACCUCACGCCGUAACUACUAUAUACCUCAGUAAUCCAUAGGAACUAUUUUAAUGUAACUGUUGUGUUGAUAUACAUAUAUAACAUAUAUCCCACCAAACAUUAGGUAAAUGUUUAAUCAUUAUUCAUAACUAAGCUACCUCAUUUUUAGUUUUAUAAGCUGUGCUUUUGUAAGACGAGCAAGUGAAUGGUUGCUUGUUGAGAAGUGUGAGGCAAAAAUGUUUCGUUCUGUUAUUUUUUUUACAACAUUCUCUUUAAUGUUCUUUUACUACUCUUUUUAAAAGCCUAAUUAUUCUGUUAAGGACUUUACUUUUGAUUUUAUGCCACAGAUAUCGACUUCUUUUAUUCGUGUUAAUUUUUUUGUUAAUAUUAAUACAGCAACUACUCACCUUUAAACCCUGAGUAUUUUCAGGUUUAUGAAACAAAAGUCCUAACACUUCUCCACUCGAUAAUGAAUAGUGUAUGAUAGUGUACUUGUGCCAUUUCCAUCAUUUCAGUUGUUGGCAGAAUUACUUUGUUGUAUGAUAAUUUCGCGGUAACGUCGAGCUGAACAAAAAAUUGGGUUGUUCUACCGAACGCCCCGCGUAAAGAUUGUAUUGUUUCCCAUCAGUAUCGAUUGACUCGAUCCAAAGUUUUAGGCUUAAGAUUUGGUAAAAACAGCUUUGUAAAUAUUUGAUAUUUUUUUGCGGCACUCCAUAAAUUUGCAUUUGAAUUUCGCUUCAUUUGAGUUAUCGAGGGCUGGCGCCGUGGGUCGGACCUAUAGACGGAUAUUUGUCAGCGAGUGUGUUUCAGAAUAAUGAUAGUAUUACAGACCGCGUCUGGCCACCACGCGCCGCCCGCUCAUGCAUUUCAAUUCGAUUCCUUUUUACUAUUAUUAUAUUGAAAACCGUGUCGCAAAGCGACUCGGGUUUAGUGUAAGUGAAUCGAUAGUGCUGUGAUAUUUUUAUGUAUAUUUAGAUUAAGCAUAGUGAGCGUAACGUAAUGAGUGAGUACAAAGAAAAAAGUUAUUUAUGACGGAUAAAUAAACGAUCGCACGUUACAGCUGACGGACGCACGUCCGAAACGCGCGCGGCGAAAUAACGUCGCGACGCAAAUUCGCGCAUAUGGAAGUGUCGCCAGCUAGAGAAGGUUCAAAUUAGGGUGGUUACAAAAGUCCGGAGUUUCCAUAUGCGCUCGAAAUCAAUGAAUUUGGGAAUAUUCCCCCCGAAAUUAAUAUACGAGACAGCGUUACUUAAAUGUAGCAGUUGAGCAAUUGCAUCUAAAUAUGUUGUUAAAAAGAUUUGAUGAAUAUAAGAUUUAUCUCCGAAAUAUAUUUUGGAGAGAAGUAUUUACAAGGUGGAGAGGGGUCUUAGUGAUAAAACGUAUCCAAAGACUGCUAGGUAUUAUGAGUUCUUUGAACUUAAAAUUUGACUUAUAAGUCAGGGAUAAUGCGGAAAAAGUCAGAUACGCAAAAUUGUAAUAGAAGACGGUGUAGCUAUCGAGAAUCACAGGCUUCGACAGGAAUUGACAAAGAACAAGUUUGGCACCUCAUACAUGCAGGGGUAGUGGGCAGUUUGCAAAAUUAUAACUCACGGCCGAUAUAUUGGUGGCAUCGCGAGUCGGCGACUCCAUGCUUCAUCCAAAUUCGUUUGGGGGGCGGCAAUUGAUUACGUACGCGGCAAAAUGUUAAUUCAGAUAUAGAAAGUUUCAUAUAGAUUGAAUAAACGAACAAUAAAAAUUAUGUAAUUACGCUAUGAAUUCUCCGUUUUGAAACAAGAUCCAUCUAAUUCGAUUCGAUCUUUGUUAGGGAUUUCUCGCACGGAGAGGCCUAAUCUCCAAAGAUGAGAGGUUGUAAAAAUAUGUAUAGUAUGUAAUGAAUUGACGCCCCUCCAGUGUCCGUCCACAGCCGGCGGACACGCCUCACGCGCGCGGUGAAGCGAUCCCGCAAUAUCGCGCGAGCUUACGACAUUAAGGUUACAUAGCAUAAUGAAUUCAUAAUAAAUAGUACUUAUUCAAAACUUCUGUAUUCAUGAAAUUGUACCAUUUCGAUGUAAAAUUUUCGUCGCUUAGGGGCGCAGUUUGUGCCGUAUUUUCGAUAAAUUUAUACGGGUUUAAUAACGAAAAUGUGAUUUCAAACUACGGAUUGCUCAUUCCUGUCAAUGAAAAAAAAGUGAAAAAAUAAAAUAAACAAAAAACCUUCAUAGAAUAUAAUGAACAAAUCAUUAAAAUUACUAAUUAAAUGUUGAGAUUAGUCUGGGUGCUUUCAAUCACAAGGCAAAGUUUGACUUCACCUUUUUAAAACCUCAAGACAAAAACUACGAAAAUCUAGAUUGUCCCCUUAGCGACCGUACUUGUCCCUAGCUUUUAGGUGUUUAGGUUAGAAUCGAACACAGGGUAUUGUGGUUCUAUUUUAACGGAAGCGUUAUGAUAGCUCGAUUGUAAGAGAUACACAUCAUCCGAUUAAUAAAUAGAAGGUUGCGUAAUACUACCUCAAUACCCGCAAAGUGUACACCCGAUAUAAAUCUGUUAAAUGUAAGUCUCUCACUGAAUAUUGGGUUAAUUUUAAUUUACUAGCGUUCUGUAUCGUUAUUGUAUCAUCAUGUAGUUUCAAUAAAUCUUUUUUACUUCACACACACACACAUCUUACUACAUACUGUUUCACAUAUUUUUUAUUAUUUACAGUUUGGGUGGUAAAAUACGAAAAAUAUAAGAUAUUCUGUCUAAAAAUAUUGAGUAAAAUCAAAAAAUUAUUUUUUUGUGUUUUAAGGAUAACUAUGAAAAAUGUAUACUUACCCUUUUAAUUUCAUAUUUUGCUAUUAAAUUAAAAAUAACCCAAUAGAUUCCCUUGUCGUCUUUGCUAAAUAAGUGUUAUGUUUGAUUAACUUGCAAUUUUACACUGGUGACCUUUAUUCCGUUCUGAAAAUGACCAAUCACAAGCGUCAGAUGAACUUAGUCAGACGUGGCUUAUUCUGAAGUUUAAGUCGAGAAAAAUUGAGCUUUACAUGUGUUGAUUGAGAGAUCAAAAUUGUAUGGCAUCGUUAGAAAAGACAUAGUAUGUAAACUGCUUUCCAUCAGGUGGGACCAAUACGCUUAUGCACAAAAAUGACAAAUAUAUUGGAGUAUUGGAGAGGUAUGCUGUGUCAAAAUUGAAUAUUAGGUCACUACAGAAACUGCCAGUUAAUUACAAUCUGUGGACAAUGUUGUCUUACAUAUUUGUGCAAACUGAUGUCGGUAUAUUAAAAGAAUAUUAUUGGAGUCUUAUUCAUAAAAGUACAACGUAAAUUUUGUGGAAAUCCAGAUUUUACCCAAAACUAUUGUGUCAAAAAUUACCAUCUCAACUUUUAUUAAAGCCAUGCGCGAUUAUAUAGAUAGAUUAUAUAUAUUUUACACCAGGCUCAAAUCUUUGUUCAAUACAAAAUUUGCAUCUUUAUAAUAUUCGGUGGCAACGAAUGGGUGGACAAGUUCAUGCAACAUGUUUCCCCAAAACAUCAUAUCACAUCUGUGUAAUGCUUUUACGAAUGAGACUGUAAAAUAGGCAUUUUAUUUGCCCAUGCCGUUUGAUAACUUGACAUCAGUUUAUAAAUACAUUUUAAAUACAAUUAGAUGUUAUAAAUAAAAUAUCCAAUCAAUGUUACACGUAGCGAGCAAAGAUUUUCAUUUUAAUUUUAGCUUCAAAAUGCAUAAUAAAUUGGUUUUAGAAUAUUGACAUGUCGAUGAAUACAUAUUAUUUUGGUAUUGUGAACUUAUUUGUACAUAGAUUCUGUAGCUGUAUGCUUUACACCAAUGCAAAUGUGGAAUAUAUAAUAUUAUAUAAUUACAAAAUUAAUAAAUACUGGGAAAUUUUGUCUAUACAAUUAACUUAUGUAACAUACAAAGUUUUAAGCCUCGAGAAGUUCUGAUAUCAAAGACAUGAAGCUCCUGUUAAUUGAUGAUAUUUAUCUAUAUAUAAUUAUAUAAAAUAAUGUAUGUUAUUGCAACCAAAUUUUAAUUAUGAAAGAAUACUAUAUGAUAACUCUGGCGUACAAUGAAUAUAGUACAAUCAUACAUACAUACAUAUAUUGUUAUAAUGAACAUUAAGAUAUUAUUGUUCUAUUAAGUUGCCGUGCCGUAGACUACUCGUGCCAAUAUACAUUAGUCUAUAUACUUAUCCUUGUUCCACAACGUCUGCAAUUGUCAUAUAUAAACCAGUUUUUUAUAUUGCAAAAAAAUGCAUUUGCCAAAGACAAGAAAGCUUGAGACAACGGGUUAGCGUAGCCACAUGAGAUAGAACUAUUCAAUACGCCUACCUAACCGGCUGCCUUUGUAAAAGCGGGCACGCAAAUGGAAUAAAAAUAUUAACACUCUGUACCGUUACUCCUCGUGCAUUUUUAGUACAAGUUUCUUUUGUAGGAGUGAAUGGAACACGUCAUGCUGUCUAUAGUUUUCUCUGUCUACCUUUUCCGUGUAGUGUAACAGGUAAAUGUAAAUUUGAUGAAACUCAGGCAUGAAGACUGCUCGUAAAGCAUGCUUUACUCUAUGAAUGGAAUUUUGGUAAGGAAGGAAUAACAUAAGACAGGGAUGAGCAUAUAAAGGUGUCCUAUUUCGACACGAUAUUCGGCUGUUUAAUUUAUUUAUAUUUUAUUGGGCAUGUUCCAAUCAAAUGAAUUGUAUUUUAUAUAUACUUUAUGAUUUAUUGUUAUACAAUUAUCCUGAUUUGUUGGUGUAAAGAAUAAGGUCGGCUUUUGCUUAAUUUGUGACACGAGUUGUGUACCUAUACUUUUAGACAUGUAUUUUUGUGAAUCAGUGCUUCUAGUUGUAAAUAUAUCGCUGUUACGGUUUCUCUAUUCAAUUAUCAUCCACUUCUAGUAAAAGUUUUUAUAUUUUAUUGGAAAAACAUUUCCUAAAAUCUUAAUGCGUAUGAUUUGAAAUGAAAUACGCCGAUACAAACUUGAAACCACUCUUUUUGAAGUAUUGAUUAUUGAAUAAUAGUUUGACCAGAAUAAAAAAAGGAAAUGUUUUUCCGUUAAGACACAGUUUAAUAAAGUAAAUAUUUACCGAACUACCUCCAUAUGCCUCUACCGUAUAUAAUAGUUAUCCAUUUGCAAUUUUACAAUUUGAUAUACCUAUAUUUUGUAUGUUAUAUGAAACAGAUAGCCCGUAAGGAGAAUAAUAGGUUUUACAUAUGCUAUUCACGUAAAUUGAAUUUUAAAAUUUGCAUGUUUAUUUCGUUUUAAUGUAGACGCCAAUCAAUCUGAAUGGAAUGUAUUUGAUUCUUAAACAUUAAACAAUCUGACUAGAUCA